ACAAAAAGGGAUUGAGGUCACACGGGUUAUCAUGACAAGUGACGAGCGUGACCCGGAAUGGUGGUCAGAGGUCAGGGCGUUGGGCUGGACGUGGGUAGAUUAUGCUACAGAGGGUACAGAGGGGAUCCAUGGAAAGUGGUGAGCCAUUCAGAUGCCAUAUUCUCAUUCUGAUACUAGAAGCUGUUGCUGUUGCCAGGUAUCCGGUUUUUAUCGACGCUAUCAUUCACUCGAAUGGAGCCGACUUCGUCGGCACUUGCGGCUCCACGAUGUCCCUCCUAGCUCGCCGCAGAGUGCGGUCAUGGCUUGACGGACCAACUCGGCUCGUCAAAUGGGGGUCGUGUGGCGCUGAUGACCACUGAUGUGAUCGGGAUGAUGGAAUCGAAAUGACCU